AUUCAUCUCUCGUCCAAAGACAUUCUGAUGUAGACCUGACCAGACAACCCCUGCGGCCUCAAAAGUCGCAUCAUUUACCCGAUCCAGUAGCGUCAGCCACUCCGUCGAUGGCAGGAAACCAACCUCCUGCAGUGACGCCCACCCGCACAAAACGGGAGUCACGGUCCCGAAAAGGAUGUCCAGAGUGCAGGAGCCGCAAGAUUAAAUGCGACGAACAGAAGCCGGAAUGCGGGCAGUGCCUCAAAACUGGCCGGUCUUGCCGGAUUUUAGACAGCCUCUUCAAACCACACUCGUACUCUUUUAUGGUCACACCGGCCGAGAAGAGUUCGCCUGUUGAAGUUCAGAAAUCGUCCCGCCAGCGGGGAGGCACCGAUGCAAGAUCGGGGGAUGGUGUUUCACAUAAUGACUCGACAAAUCCAAUGGAGAGAGAAAAUGCUCUUCAAUGGCCAAUUAGCUCACCUAACAGAGACAAUGCUCACCAGGGAGAACUUGAUUCAACCACGGAGUCCGAAGCCAGGACAGAACACCCUAAAACCCCGGUUGCAGCGGUCUCGGGUAGUGAACAUAUGGACUCCCCAGCGAGGAUGCACGAGAGCCCUUACAGCAUUCCAGCCGCCCCCAGCGAAGAUUGCUAUCAAGAUCGCUGCGAGAUCGCAUUCUUCCUCCGCCACUUCUCCGAGGGGCCUGGCCAGUGGAUGGACGUAUGCGGAGGCAAAUCCUAUUUCAGCCAAAACGCUGUUGCCCUCGCCCACUGGAGUCCGCUUGUACGAUAUGCUGCCUGUGCCUUAGGCGCGAAGCAGUUAGGCCAGACAAGACACCCAGAAACCCAGAUCCGGCAGACAAGUACACAAAGCUUGAUGAUGAAGGCGCUGAUUGACAGCAGAUUGGGGUUUACGUGGUAUGGAGCUAAGUACUAUGAGAAGGCGAUCAAGCUGCUCGCCAACCAGAUCUCAAGCAAGGAUCGAUCAUAUUCACUAUCGCCGAACUAUGUUUAUGGAUUGGGCUUGACUCCGCAGAGUGGUGACCAUAUUUCUACCAGCGAGGGGGACGGAGAUGAAUUCCCUUACUCUAUUCUGGCAGCCUGCAUUCUGUGUCAGUACGAGGACGUGAACUCUACCAUACGUGCCUGGUCAGGUCACCUGGAUGGCACUUUUAGACUCCUUCGACCUCAUCUCACAAAGCCAGGAUGCUUUGAAACUGCGAGUCGUGUCCCGCAGCCGAUAAGGGCAUUGGAUGCCGUGUUCUGGUUUGUUGUCAUUAACGACAUGUUGAAUGCUUUUGUUACGCGAAGUACAACUCGCAUCAACCCUGACGAUCUAGUUUUGUGGCGCAAUAUGGGCCUUCCGCUUGACUCCGACGGGCAUCCCAUGACCAAUCGAGCUGGAGAGGCGCCGCUAGAAGCGAUCCUAUUCAAAUCAUUGGUUAGGAUGAUGUGUCAACUGAUGAACUGCGACCUUGGGGAUAUCACCCAGUGGACCAAGAUGAACGAGGACUUCGACCGUUGGCAGAACGCGGUCCCCCAGUCUUUCUAUAUACCCAUUGCAUGGCCACCCGCCGAGCCGAAUCCUGCACCAAUAGCAGACCCAUUCUCGCGCGAAAUUUGGUUCGCAAGCGACAUCUGUGCAAUAACCUUAGCCUUCUACCACAUGGCACGAAUGGUACUCCUCGCGAACCGCCCCAUCCGGCAUACCCGGGACGGGAAUGACCUCCUUGGGACAUACCACAGCCUCCAGUACGACCUACGAAAGCACGCGAUGGAGAUCAUUCCAAUAAUGCAUGCGAUGCCCAGUGAAACCGUACAAAAAUACAUGCUGCAGCCUCUUUACGUCGCGGGACGGUCCUUGACAGAUGACCAAGAGCGACGGAGCCUACUGCAUAUACUCCGGGGUAUGGGAGACGACUUUGGGCUUUUUACGGACUACCGAAUCCAAGACCUCUGCGAGGAAUGGGGAAUGCCAUACAGCGGUAUUGACCGUCGGGAUGGCCAUGGUAUUCUAACAUAAUGCACUAAGUUUCCACCCCCUGACGCCUUUGCCAGUCGAGUGCACCGCUGUAAGAGCAGUUAUAGUCCAUGAACUCUGCUGGAUUCAUCUGCACUUUCCGAGUACCGGUCUCAGUGGCCGGCUUCGCAGCUUGACGGCUAUACGCUUGUAUCGUUGUUGCUCGAUCAUAGCGGCAUCUGAAAAUAGCCUUGUUGGUCAGGGCCACAGUUUCUAGCGAGUUGGAAGGGGUAGUUUUCUCAAAUCCAUCGAAGAAAGCCCCUAAUGCCUCCGCAUCCUCGAUGGCCUGGCUGGC